AUGAUUUUCCUGUUGUUUUGGUUUCUCAUUUUACUGCUCAUUUUCUUGGCGGUCACUGGCAAAACAUUGGGACUCCGAGAGCUAUACGUUAACACUUUGAUUCGAAUUUUUGAGUGGGGAGCUACACUCAGUGAAGAAGCAGAUAAUGAAUCAGUCGUCGAAGAGUUCUCAGAAGAACAACCCGCUAAGAAAAUCAGACGAUCUUCUUCUUCCGCAGAUCUUGGUAUCAUCAAUCGAGAGAAAUCUGACAUCAUAGACGCCAAACUGCAUGAGACCAAUGUUCCGGAAGCAAAACAAACGACAGUCAGCGUUCUUGUCGAUGAUACUUUGGAUUUCAUUACGGCUGGAAUGGAAGCAGUCAUUGAGGACCAAGUCACAAAUCGGUUCUCUGCUGCCCAACUCCCAUCAUGGAACUUAUUGAGUCGGACCAAGUUCUCAUUUCAUUUCCUCAAUUGGCAACUCACAAUGUUAUGGAUUGCUGGAUUCAUGUUCCGUUACUACGUUCUGGUACCAUGUCGGAUCGCUUUGUUUGCUAUUGCAAUUGUAUUGAUGAUCGUGUCUACUUCUAUUAUCGGAAUGGUCCCACACGCGAAAACUCGAAAGUUCCUCAACAGAAGAUGCAUGCUGAUGUGUAUGAGAAUCUACUCUCGUGCCUUCUCCAGUGUCAUUCGAUUCCACGACAAAGAGAACAGAGCCAACAAAGGAGGAAUCUGUGUCGCCAACCAUACAUCUCCAAUCGAUGUGAUGGUUCUGUCUUGUGAUAACUGUUAUGCAAUGAUUGGUCAGAAGCAAGGAGGAUUCCUUGGGUUCCUUCAAACCACUCUUAGUCGUUCUGAACAUCAUAUCUGGUUUGAGAGGGGAGAGGCUGGAGAUCGUAAACAAGUCAUGAAUAGAAUGCGUGAGCACGUCGACGACGAGAACAAACUACCGAUCAUCAUCUUUCCCGAAGGAACUUGCAUCAACAACACAUCCGUCAUGAUGUUCAAAAAGGGUUCAUUUGAGAUUGGCUCAACAAUUUAUCCAAUUGCUGUCAAAUACGAUACUCGUCUGACUGAUGCCUUCUGGAACAGUAGCGCUCAAUCCUACGGAAGAUAUUUGUGGAGUAUGAUGACAUCGUGGGCAAUUAUCUGCGAUGUUUGGUAUCUGCCGCCAAUGACAAGAGGAGAGAAUGAAGAUUCUAUUUCCUUUGCGAAAAGAGUAAAGCGAGCAAUUGCAAAGAAGGGAGGGUUGAUUGACUUGGAAUGGGAUGGAGCAUUGAAAAGAGAACGGGUAUCAAGCAAACUUGUCACGCUGCAGCAAAAACUCUACUUUGAACGUCUUGCCAGAACCACAACACUUAAUGCAAUGUUGGAAGAGAAAUCCAGUGAUAUUCUGAAUAUUAUGCAAGGAAUCACAGAAGAAGAGCGAAAUGAACUUCUCAAACAAAUUGAUGAGCAGGAUGACGAAGAGGAAAUGAUUAGAAAGAUCUCAUCGAUGAAGCCAAAAUUCAGAAUCGGGGGACAAGAAGGUGAUGAGCGAGAGCACAUCAAGUCUGACUGA